GGGCUGUGCUGGGCCGCGAUCACCUCGCCAUCAUGCAGGCCUGAACUUUACUCCUGGCUCACGCGCAAUAAAUUACCAGCAGCUUCAUUCUCCUGAGGGUUGCAGCUGCCCUGGCCAUGAAGGCUACCGUGGUUUUGGCCGCCCUUGUGCUGCUCUGCGCCUGUCCUGGGGCUGUGCUGGCCAUUCUCGAGGACCAGGCGGGCCAGUAUGACUGGCUGCAGCAGUAUGUUGGGCGGGUGAAGCUGGCGCAGCUCGCCACCACGCCCCGCCCCCGCCUGUACGUGGCGUCCGAGGCGGGUGCCCUGGCCGCGCUGUCGCCGACCGAUGGCAGCCUGCUGUGGCGCAAGGUGCUGGCUGAGGGCGACACGUUCACCCACCUGUUGGUGCUGGGCACCCGCGUGGUCACGCUCUCAGACGGCGGCAGGCAGCUGCUGGCUUGGGACGCCGCCACCGGCGGCGCGGUGUGGGCAGCCACGGUCGCGACCGGCGCGGAGCUGGCGGGCGGCGUGGACCUGGCUGCUGUUGGCAGCAAGGCGGUGGCCGUGGCGGUGGGGGGCACAGUCAAGGCCUUUGCCGUGACGGACGGCCGCGAGCUGUGGACUGCCAGCCUCGACGGCGGCAGCGCCCAGCUGUUUGCGGCAGCCGACGGCGGGGUGUGGGCUGCAUCGCUGCCCUCGGGGGGCUCCCAGCUGGCCCUGGCCUCCCUCAGCGCCGAUGGCCAGGUCUCCCAGCAGCCCAGCCUGGCGGCAGAUGGCGGCCAGCUGACCGGCGCUCAGCUGGCGGUUGGCGAGGCGGGAGUGGCGGCCCUGUCGGCAGAUGGGAGCAGCCUGUGCGCCGCUGCGCAGUCUGCUCUUGCCUGCCAGGGCCUGGCCGCGCUGGUGCCGGCUGGCGUCAGCGUGGCGGGCGCUCGGCUGGUGCCUGGCAGCUGCAGCGCGCACGCCGUGCUGCAGGUGGCGGGCGGGGCGGCAGUGCUGGCGCUGGGCGGCAGCAGCGGCGCUUCCAUGGUCAAGUUUGUGCCCGACGCCACCGCCUCUGGGUGCUUCCUGGGCCAGGGCGCUGAUGCAACGCCUCUGGUAGCCCUGGCCACACCCAGCACAGCAGGCCUGCGGGUGCAGGUUGUGUCGGCAGCAGACGGCAGCAGCGUGCAGGAGGCAGCGCUACCCAGCCUGGCGCCGCAGCUGGUGACCAGCCACGCCGUGGGCGUGGCCGCCCUGUUUGCGGCCCCUUCCUCGGGCACGCAGCUGGUUGUGUUUGACGACGACAGCCUGGCGCUGGUGGAGGGCGGGGCGCUGGCCUGGCUGCGGCACGAGGAGCUAGCCUCUGUCACGGACGUGCUGUUCACCGACCUGCCCGCCCCCACCCCUGAAAACGAGGCCCAGUGGCUGGCCUCUCAGCCGGGGCUGGCCGAGACGCUGCGGGCGCAGGCGCUGACGCUCAAGGUGCAGGCGGGCCAGCUGGCCAACCUGGCGCUGGCCAGCCCCGAGGAGCGGCGCGAGGUGGAGCGCUACAAGGCGGUCACCAACGACAAGCUGCGCCCCACGCGCGACCCAGACGGCUUCCGCAAGCAGCUGGUGGUGCUGACAGCGAGCGGCAAGGUAAUGGCUCUGCACACCGGCGACGGCCGCCUGCUCUGGUCCCUGGACUUUGGCCGCGGCGCCGCGAUGAGCAAGCUGGGCCUGUGGCGUGUGCCGCACGAGGUGCAGCAUGACGUGGAGGUGGUGGCGUUUGACGUGGGCGUGGCUGCCACGGCCGCAAUCAUCAACGCCCAUACCGGUGCCAUUCUGGACACCCUGGCGGCCCCCGUGGCGGCGGCUGACCUGCUGCACCUGCCGCAGGCGGCGCACGACGGCACCGCUGACCAGCACGUGUAUGCGCUGGUGCCGGCUGGCGAGGGCGGGGAGCCGCAGCUGCUGCCAGACACGGCGCUGGGGCGGGCCGCCUUUGCGGCCGCGCGCCCCACCCUCAGCUUCUGGCGCGCCGACGAGCAGGCGGGGACCAUCCGCGGGCUGGGCUUCACGGAGUCGGGCGCUGUGGAGGAGCGCUGGUCCGCGGUGCUGGCGCCAGCUGGCAGCGGCCGCCGCAUCCUCGCCGUGGCCGCGCACCUCCCCGGCGAAACCGUGUACAGCCCUGCCCGGGUGCUGGGCAACGGGGAGCUCAAGUUCAAGUACCUGAACCCCAACACCCUGCUGGUGGCUGUGGGGCCGCCCGCCGGCGGGCGCGGCGAGCAGACGCUGACGGUGGCGCUGCUGGAUGCGGUGACGGGGCGCACGCUGUUCAGCCAGGCGCACGAGGGCGCCAGCGGCCCCGUGCAUGCGGUGCUGACCGAGAACAUGGCAGCCUAUCACUUUUGGAGCAGUGAGGCGCACCGCUGGCAGAUGGCCACCGUGGAGCUGUACGACGCCUCGCCCCCCACCCUCAAGGUGUCUGACCUGGCCUUUGGCGAGACCAACCUGACCAGCAGCUCCUGGGACGUGCCGCCGCUGGAGGCGGGCAGCCAGACCUUCCUGUGCCGCCUGCCGGUGGUGGGCCUGUCUGUGACACGCAGCCUGCGGGGCAACACCGCCAAGCAGGUCAUGCUGCUGACACAGGCGGGACAGGUGUACCUGCUGGACCGACGCUUCCUGGACCCGCGCCGCCCCAUCGUCCCGCCGGGCCAGAAGCCCACGCCGGAGCAGGCGGCGGAGCAGCUGCCCGCCUACCAAGCCGAGCUGCCCUUGUCUGGGCCCAUGUUUGCCACCCUCAACCACGAGGUGAAGCGGCUGCGGGGCGUGGCGGUGGAGGCUGCUGAGCUGGAGUCGACGAUGCUGAUGCUGGGCCACGGCCUGGACCUGUUCUACACCCGCCUCACACCCUCCAAGAGCUUCGACAUGGUGCCUGACGACUUCCCCUAUGCCCUGCUGGUGCUCAUCGUGGUCUCCCUCACCACCGCCACCGUGGUGCUCAGCUUCCUGCAGAGCAAGGGCACGAUGAAGGCAAAGUGGCAGUGAGCCGGUGUCAUCGAGGGCGGCAGCGGCCACGCGGCGCUGGUGGUGCCCUCUGAUUUCAAGUGCCGGUAGAUGGUUCGAUUCUAACAAUUCAUACUUCUUCUUCUGCUCCGUGUAAUGCUCCCAAUUCC